UUCCAUCAAAAUCACUGCAAAUAACAAGCAAGAUUGAUGAGGAUAAAUUGAUAGUUGAAAUAAAGAGAGAAACUGAUAAUUUCAACCAUCAUAAAUUAUUAAAUGCAUAUUCAACAGGGAAGGAUAACUAUCGAUGGAAUGAUUUCAUUAAUAUACACAUGAAUAUCAGAGAAUUUUAAAAUUUACAUUUCGAACUUGGAAUAUCAGCAUAAAAUUCUUUACAAGAGAUAUUGAAUAACAGGGAGUGAAGACUGGGAGUAAGCAUUGGGAGUGAAUGUUUGAAUUUAACUUCAAUAAUUUAUCAACUUGAGCAGUGUGAUUUUGUCAAUCCCUUGAAUUCCGAGAGUUGAAUUAUCCACAAAUUGAAUGGAAUUUCAAUGAUAAAAUUUUCUUCUCUCAACCAUGAAACACAUGCAUGGCCUUGAUUGUUCACCUCUUGUGCUGAUUAUUGAGCAAUUUGCAAAUGUUUCUCAUGUAAAAUGCUUGCGAAACAAAAGUUGGAACAAAAUGCUGAGACUUUUUAUUCUCAACACUGGGAGUUGAAUUCAUUCCCUGUUAUCCUUUGUAAGAAACCUUUUUACUUUCUGAAAAUAAAGAUGAUAUUCAACAUGAUUACAUUGCCUUAAGGAUAUAAUCCAAAUAAUGUCAAAUUUUCUUCUUUUCCAUUUCUUUCCUUUUUCUCACUUUCUCAUGCCAUUUUCCAUGUUUACAGAACUUUCAGACUCUAAUUUUAGAACUUUUCUAGAUUAAAAUUUCCACGUACAUUACAGUAUUCACUUUUAUGAUAAAAUGUCGACUGUUUAGUCUAGCUUAAGGUUAUCAACUGGGAAAAUGAUUUCAUCUCAACAUGAUGCAUUUCAACUGACGAACAAGUUGAUAAAUUUAUUCACAAAAGAAGGGCAAAGUUUAUCUUAGUCAAUUGUAGCCAGUGAAAAUGUUGAAGCAACAUAUUCAAGCCUUUUCCUUGGUUAUUAGUUUAACCCUCCCAGUCACUCCAGACAUUAUCAAUGUAAACAGAUGAGAAAAUUAAUUAAACUGAAAAUGCAAUUGUGAGUAAAAAUAACAAAAGUAUGAUUUACAUUAACGCUGAGUGUGAUUAUUAAACUAAUUAUCAUUUCCAGCAUUUUGAUUAGCUGUUGCACAUUCAACCAAAAAAAGGUCUUGUUCAACAUUAUUUCAAUUGAUGUAAAGAAUUGCAAAAGAAGGAAAAAAAUGUAGUUUUUUCACAUCAAUAUUUGUCGAUACAGGUAAACAGGAUUAAUAUGCGCUGUUUGAGUAAACCCUUUUUUGUUGUCACAGGAAAAGUUGAAUAAAAUUUGAAAACAAAAAGUAAAUGAUCGAUAAAAAUGCAACUUGGGAAAUCAUCUUGAAUAUUAUUCUGUAAUAAAUGUUAUUGAUUUACAAUUCUUGCAACACUUUUAUGGCUUUAAAUGUAAUAAUAAUAAUAAUAAUUCAAUUCCUUUAAAUAACAAUCAUUGAAUACUUGACUUGCUUUGGAAAGCAUAAAAUGAGCAAAAUUUUUCAAUUUGACGUUUCAAAUGUUUCAUCAUGAAACACUCAUUUGGUGAAAAGAUGAAAAAUUGGAUUGUCAAAGUUUCCAUUUUGAUUCUACAAUUUCGCCGGUACCGAUGACUAUUCCUACGAGCGACCCAUUGUUGUUUACACCCUUGACAUGCACACAUUAAGAUGGGAAGAGAUCCAAUACUCUGAUGGAGGUAAGUUGUUGGGUUAUUUUACAUAUCAUUUUAUUAACUUAAUAUUCACUUAAUAUUUACUUUUUCGCUUUUUUCAGGAGAUCCUGCAAAUGUCCCAUUCAUGAGAUAUGGUCAUUCUGUAGUUGCAAAAGCCAACAUUAUCUAUCUGUGGGGUGGUUGCCGAGACUAUGUUGCAUGCAACAAAAUUUUCAUGUUUGAUACAAACAGGCGCUCUUGGUUAGCCAAUGAAGUUACAGGGACGAUUCCAGGAGCUCGAAUGGAUCACGCUGCAUGUACAUCUGGAGGAUUUAUGUACGUUUUCGGAGGGUUUGAGAGACACCAAUUUGCCAAUACUGUUUUCCGUUUUGAAUUGAAAACUUGUACAUGGCAAAAUUUAAAUCAGCUAAAUUCUUACUUACUGGCAAAACAUUUCAUGACAUGUGUGACAAUUGACAAUAAAAUUUUCCUUUUUGGUGGCCGCUCAUUGAAGUGCCCGUUUUAUGACAAUGAUAUUAUGGAACUAUAUACUGAGAAGAUGACCUUAUCUAAACCAGCAAUUGCCGGAUACAAGCCGUACGCUAGAAGUAUCCAUUCAGCUGUAGUGAUUAACAACAAGAUGAUGAUCUUCGGUGGUUACAAUGACAUUACCUAUGAACAUUACGACGACUUUAAUGUCUUUGAUCCUAAAACCUAUUCAUGGACACCUGUAAAUACUAUCGGGCAGGAGCCUCCCCGUGGUCGACAGGGAAAUUGUUGUGUUGCUGUAAACUCGUUUCUCUACCUUUUCGGAGGAAGAUGCCCAGAGCCAAAAACCAGAAAAGAUCAAGCAGAUCAGUUAAUGGAGCUGGAUGAUCUAUUCGUUAUUGAUACGAACAGAAACUUGUGCUUUAUGGCAUUACAAGUUGUAUUAAAAAAUGAUUUAGAUACUAGAAGACUUCCUCCUACUCUAAGACGAGAGGUUGAAAGCUAUCGUGCUGAUAACAAACUCCAAUAAACCCAGCUCAAUGCUCAAUAAACGUAUAAUAAUAAUUAUAAAUAAUAAGACAAAACUUAUAGUUAUUGUAACACAUUCAAUAUUUCGGUCAAUUUUGUGAGACAAUUAGUUUUAGGUUAUUAUUGAUUGUCGGUAAUCAG